AUGGUCUUCGGGAAAGCGAUACUGGUCGUCACCAGCCUGUCAGCUGGCCAUAAGAACAAAGACGCCGCCAAGUUCCCCACCGCCGAAGAAGCCCGGCAGGCGUUCGUGAAGGAGCAUCGAAAGAACGACAGCCAAACGUGCCCACAAAAUCGCAAGUCGGCAUCGUCAUACUAUCGAUCUGAUGGAGCUACUACCCACAAUCGUUCUGGAGUAUCUGAAGCCGACUCUGCCGAGCGUAACGAGCUGCCUGCCCAUUCCAAGGCCGAACUGCCCGGCGACCAUCCUGCGUCUGUCAGAAAGACGGGCACUUUGGCGGAGCUACCUGCCGGCGACAUACGUGCAGAGUUGCCCACGAAAGAGCGCCUUGUAGAGCUUUCGGGCGAGCCAAAGCGAUGA